AUGGCUGCUACGGCUAUACUUGUGCUAACACUUCUGUGCGUGUUGAUUGCUUUCAGGUACCUGCUUGUGAAGCUACAUUUAAACCAAUGCUGUUGUCUGGGUGUGGCUAACUGGAUCAGUGUCUAUGGCUACUGUUACUAUGCUAUAGAUACCCAUUGUGAUCGCGUUGCAUGGAAGCGUUGUCGUCGCGGAAACAUAGCCGUUAAAAAGCAAUCGCCCGUCGCUCCUUUUGCUAAAGUCAAGACAAUUCUGGCCCUAGUCCCGUCUGUUCUCUUAGGUAAGCCUUGUUCAACGAUGAUUGUGAUCAAUGACAAAAUUCGGAUGCUCCGUCGCCCCAGAAGAGCAAUUAAAUUCUUGCACUGA